AUGUCGUCCUUGUUGUCAAAUAGCGAUUCAUGGCUAGUCAAUAUGGAUGCUGGGCUUGUAGACGGAGUUGUAUUUCUUGAUCUGCGUAAAGCAUUUGAUACGGUUGAUAAUGAAAUCCUCAUUAAGAAGUUAAAAAUUUACAGGGUUCAAAAUACUGCCCUCAAGUGGUUUAUUUCAUAUUUAUUUGAUCGAAAACAGUUUUGCAAGGUGGGAAGUGCAGCAUCGUCAACAAAAAAUAUACGCUGUGGAGGUCCACAGGGUUCAAAUCUCGGUCCGUUGUCAUUUCUCUUGCAUGUCAACGAUCUCCCGAACUGUUUAAGACACACUAGUGCUAAAAUGUAUGCGGAUGAUACGAAUUUGACGGCGUGUUCCGAUGAUAUUAACAAUUUACAAGCCAAUUUAAAUUCGGACUUGAACAAUAUUAUCCAUCAAUGGAUAGUAGCCAAUAAAUUAACUUUGAAUGUUGGUAAAACAGAGUAUAUGAUUAUCGGGACACGGCAGAAAUUAAAAAAAUUCUCAAGUAAAAUUAAUAUUAACAUCGGUGGGAAAAACUUAACACAAGUCGUUUCUAAAAAAGUCUUAGGCAUAAUAAUAGAUGGUCAAUUACGCUGGGAUGAAAAAAAUAGACAACAUAAGUAA